AUGGAGCUUUUGCUCAAGCGAACCAGCGGCCUUCAGACGAGAGAUAUUGGGUCUGACUCUGGGUGGCAUCCGCUCACUCGUCGGCCCAUGGUUGGAACUCCUGGAACUUUCUGUGUAACUGUGGAUCACUAUCAAGGUGGAGGCAGCAUUGGAGGUUUUGGAGGAGGAAGUGGAUACGGAGGUGGAUCGAGUGUUGGAAGUGGAUACGGAGGUGGAUCAAGUGGAUACGGAGGUGGAUCAAGUGGAGGAUUCGGUGGAGGAAGUGGAUACGGAGGUGGAUCAAGUGGAGGCAGCGGGUACGGAGGUGGAUCGAGUGUUGGAAGUGGAUACGGAGGUGGAUCAAGUGGAGGAUUCGGUGGAGGAAGUGGAUACGGAGGUGGAUCAAGUGGAGGAAGUGGAUACGGAGGUGGAUCAAGUGGAGGCAGCGGGUACGGAGGUGGAUCAAGUGGAGGAAGUGGAUACGGUGGUGGAUCAAGUGGAGGAAGUGGAUACGGUGGUGGAUCAAGUGGAUACGGAGGUGGAUCAAGUGGAGGAUUCGGUGGAAGUGGAUACGGUGGUGGAUCAAGUGGAGGAAGUGGAUACGGAGGUGGAUCAAGUGGAGGAUUCGGUGGAGGAAGUGGAUACGGAGGUGGGUCAAGUGGAGGAAGUGGAUACGGGGGUGGAUCAAGUGGAUACGGAGGUGGAUCAAGUGGAGGAUUCGGUGGAGGAAGUGGAUACGGAGGUGGGUCAAGUGGAGGAAGUGGAUACGGGGGUGGAUCAAGUGGAUACGGAGGUGGAUCAAGUGGAGGAAGUGGAUACGGAGGUGGAUCAAGUGGAGGAAGUGGAUACGGAGGUGGAUCAAGUGGAUACGGAGGUGGAUCAAGUGGAUACGGAGGUGGGUCAAGUGGAGGAAGUGGAUACGGAGGUGGAUCAAGUGGAUACGGAGGUGGAUCAAGUGGAGGAUUCGGUGGAGGAAGUGGAUACGGUGGUGGAUCAAGUGGAGGAAGUGGAUACGGUGGUGGAUCAAGUGGAGGAAGUGGAUACGGAGGUGGAGUUAUGUGGUCGCAGCGAAUCGAUUUAGAAAUAUUCAGUUUCCUUCAGGACACUAAUAUUCUCUUGGAAGAAAUCUUAAACUUCCAGGUCAUGUCAAGGGGCAGUGGUCGCCUUUGA